ACGAUCCCUCCCCCUCCCCCACACUCCCACUCCUCGUCUUAUAGAUAGAUACAGAUACAAAUACAGAUACCUCCACCACCACCACCACCACCUCCUCCUCCUCCUCCGCCAACCCCAUCUCUCACUCUCUUCCUCCUUCCCCUAAUCUUCCCCCUUCUCUCUCAUUCUCACCUAUACCCUAAUCACAACCAUUCCAGUCAUCCAAAAUGAGCAUCACAUUAGAGUCUCUCACAUUCAGGAACCCUAGUCCUCGCUUCAACACACCUUCUUCUUUUAUGGCCUUCUCUCCCGCGCCGCCUCCUUCCUUAAGCUUUCACCCUUUGUCCACACCUACCAACCACUGCAACCUAUCUAUUCCCCUGCUUCCCAGACUGCUUCCCCUUCAUUUACGCCCGACGACCUCUGUCCGGACUCGCUCUGUUUUCUCGUUUGCCGCUUCCCACGAGGAAUCGAAAGCUGCGGAUAUUGAUUUGGAGAAGGAAAAGGAGGAUCUAAAAGUGGGAGCUCAAGAAUCACAAGAAGCAUGGCAGCAGACACUUGCUGCUUUUAAAGAACAAGCAUUAAAAACACAGGCCAUAUCAAAGGAAGCUUAUGAGCUGUAUUCUGAAAAGGCUAUCGUAGUCCUAAAAGAAACUUCUGAAAAAUUGAAAAUUCAAGCCGAGAAGGCAAGACAGGAUUUGAGUGUGAUCGCGACAGAAAUUGUCAAAGAGAGUAAAGAAUACUUGGCCACGGCUGCAGAGACUUCCCCCGAACCAGUGAAGGAUAUUGUUGAAACCUUUGCUUCCUCACCUGGUGACCUCGAUGAUGUGUCUAAAGUGCGGGACUUCUAUGUUGGAAUACCUUACGGUGCUCUUCUUUCUGUUGGAGGCUUUCUUUCAUUUAUGCUCAAGCAUUCCUGAUUUGGGAUUAUACUUGGUGGUACACUUUUGGCCUUGAGUAUAUCAAGUUUGAGAUCGUGGAAAAGGGGGGAGCCAUCACCCUUGGUCUUGAAAGGACAGACAGUUAUUGCUACCAUCUUAUUUCUUAGAGAACUGCACUUGUCGUCUAUGCGGCCAUUCGUUGCUAAUUUUAUCACAACCGUCAUCAGUGGUGGAGUAGUCGCAUUCUAUAUCUACAGGAUCAUCACAGAAAGAGAGCAGUCAGGGGGAUCCAAUCUGGCAACAGAGCCAGAAAAUUAAUACUCAUCGUGAUGCUUCCUUGCAAGUUUCCCAAUGAGGGAGAGGCCAUCUGAGAAAUGAAUUUGCCAAGGUUUGCAACACUCUGCAGUAAAUUAUGAGAUAAGUGGAAGUGAAUAGAUUGAAGAUUAGGUGCUUCGCUACUAGUAGGAUCAGUUGCUUUGUCACAAUAAGUUUACUCUCCUAUGUAAGUGCUGUUAAAAUGAAAUAUUACUCGGUUCAAGGAUAACAGAAGUUUUUCUUUACUUUCUAUUGUUUUAGUUCUAGCAGUGAUGCCCAAGUCCUGAUCCAGUUUA